AUGUCCUUGGUGACUGCAUCCCCGGUUCCACCUACCGCAUUCGAAUGGCAAAACAUCAAGCACCUCAUCGCUUUCGGGGACUCGUAUACUUAUGUCCAAGGUAUCCAUGGCCGCCAGAACUAUAGUUUCAUUGGCGAUUACUUGCCGGGUAACUUUGCUUAUGAGCCGGAGCAACUCCUGACGAACCAGAUUGUACAAAACUUCACCGGUACGGCGGAGGGCGGUCCAAACUGGGUCCAGUACCUCACAGGAUGUGGCUUGGAGCCUGGGCUCACGUCGCCACUGGAUUGUGACUUGCAACUGUGGGAUUUUGCGUUCGCAGGUGCAGAUGUGUCGACAGAAUUCACGCCGCUUCAUCAUAACUUCACCGUGCCGCUUGUCAACCAGUCCCAGCAGUUUCUCACCUACGGGCAGCCAGUAUUUGAAAACGAGCUGCAAGUCUUGGCUUCUGAAACUUUGGUUGCAAUUUGGAUUGGCAUUAAUGACAUCAAUGAUCUGGCCAAGUCCCCCAGCUCCUUCGACUUCCCGAGCGUCUUCGAUUCUAUCAUCUCCAGCAUAUUUUCACUGUCCGUGACGCCCCUAUUUGAAGCGGGCUACCAGAACUUUCUCUUCGUAAACUUACCUCCGCUGGAUCGAACGCCCGGAAAUGUUAAGAAGCCCAAUCCAUCACCCAACAAGACGAUGAUCGGAUGGUGGGAUGAGACACUCCAAAAGUACAGCGAUGACUUUGCCUGCCAGAAUGAGGGAGUGACAACCUUGCUGUUUGAUGCCAACACUUUCUUGAACAAUGUCUUGGACAAUGCAGCCGACUAUGGGAUCACAAACACGACUGAUUUCUGUGCCGGAUAUCUAUAUGAGGAUGUCCUGACAGACUGGGAGAAGUAUGGCUGCUCCGGGCCGCUUGACACCUACUUUUGGUUCAACAGCGGACAUACGACAAGCCGUGUACAUGAAAUACUAGCCCCAGAAAUCGCAAAGUUCUUAAGCAACUAA